ACACUCAUUCAAAACAACUUUCAGCAAAUCGCUCUAUCCACUCCAACCAUCAAACAUUAGCGCACCCUUGCAGGAGUAGGCAUACUGACCUAAUAUUCCGCAGCAUGGGCACCAGGGCGGCGGUUUUUGCAUUCGUGGUGAUGGCUGCCAUUCUCCAAAGCACCGCUUUUGCAGGAAAGCCCGCCGGGCGGCGUGCGCUUCUCACGCAUCGUGUGCAAGCCGUCAAGCCAACUAUUGGCAGCAGUUGGCGCGUGCAGGUGUACAGCAGGAUUCUUAGCGCCUCCAUUUCCACUGCUUCUAGCAGCAGCAAUGGAAGUGAUGCGGUAAAUGCAAACGCAGCUGCAGCAGCAACUUCGUCCAACACUGCAACUGCAAGGGUUGGAGCAGCAAGUGUAGGGAAUUCAACUCUGGGCACACAGCCCGCAGCGGUCAGUGCAACUCUGGGAACGACAACAGCGGGAACUAGUGCGGCUGCAUCUGCCUGUGACGCGUCAUCUCUCCCCGCCUAUACCUCUUCAAUGCAGCUCUCCUCCGACCUCACUCUUCACUGGAAGGCAGCCAGUGCGACCAAGGUCAACCUCGCUCUGGAGGCAGCAGCGGGCAGCACAGCAGCAGCGGGGUGGUUCUCCCUGGCGUGGUCCGCAGACGGCCGCAUGGCCCCGGCUGACACUGUUUUUGGCAAUCUGCCGGGCGGGGCUGUGGCGGCUUACUACAUGAGCGGCUAUGGGAUGAGCGAUGUUCAGCCUACAAGCAGCUUCAGUAUUGGCAACACGGUCCAAACUACAUCAGCUUCUGGCUCCACUAUUAUCAAGUUCUCCCGCGUUACAGGUGAUGGCUCCAUCCCGGUGAACGUUGGCGGCAGCAACACGCUCAUCUGGGCCUACUCUGAAAGCGGCUCACAGUCACUUGACUUUCACGGCGAGAAUGAUUACACCUACUCCAUCCAGCUUGACUCUGCUCUCACUCUCCACUGGAAGACAGCCAGUGCGACCAAGGUCAACCUUGCUUUGGAGGCAGCAGCGGGCAGCACGGCAGCAGCGGGGUGGUUCUCCCUGGCAUGGACUGCGGACGGCCGCAUGGCCCCGGCUGACACUAUUAUUGGCAACCUGCCUGGCGGGGCUGUGGCAUCUUACUACAUGAGUGGCUAUGGGAUGAGCGACGUUCAGCCUACAAGCAGCUUCAGUAUUGGGAGUGGUGCGACGCUGGCUACCAGUGGUAGUGGCUCCAAAGUCAUGAA